AUGGUCCGCCUUCUCUCCGUCGCCGCGGUCUUCUUCACGAUCGUGUUCGGAGCUCAAGCUUCCCACAUCUGCCAAUGUCUCUUCCAGGAUGGCUCGCACUGCUGCGCCAGUGUCAACAACUUUGGUGCUGCGGAAGAUUGCCAGGUUGUCUGCGUGGACAAGAAGCGUAACAAGGACGGCGCGGCCUGCAACGCUGGCGGCAAAUGGUCCAGCGUUGGCGGCUUCACCGUUCAGUUCCGCGAGCCAUGCCAGUGA